CCUCAAGACUUUCUAAUGCAUAAAAACUAUAAUCUAUAAUUUUCCAGCGAUUCAGAUGCAAGCAGUCAACCAGACGAUAUCUAAAAUUACCUUUGGCGGACGUGGUUCUAAAGCCGGCAGGUUUUCGGGAUUAAACAAUGCCGCUGUGUCUCCUAGCAACGAGAUAUUUGUUGCGGACACGUUGAACAGGACAGUUCAAGUCUUCAACAUGGAGGGCGCCUACCUCCGGAAGUUUCCGACGGUCGUGUCGGGGGAAGGAUCCGAGGCUAUGGACCCGUUAGACAUAUCCAUCGACGGGGAGGGUCAUCUGUGGGUGAUUGGAGAGACGGACACGUCAGAAAUCAUUGUCAGCUAUACAAAAAAGGGGCGCCACAUAAUAACAAUCCAUCCAUCCUCCCCAAACAUAACCUUCCACGACAUUGCGGUCGACAAACUUCGGAAUUACGUCACUAUCACUACGGCAGAACAAGAAGUCUCUGGGGCUGGGGAUGUCACGGUGCUUCUUUACAACGGUACCGUGGUCCGAAAGAUUGAAACGCCGCAAUGGUGGCCUAACUUUAUUGCUGUAGACAAAAAUGGACGGUAUUUGGUAACUGACAUGUACAAAACUGACCUUGUGUACAUCUAUAGCGAGACUGGACAAUACCAGCUUAGCUUGGGAGGCAAGGGCCGGAUAUUAAUGCCAGUGGGAAUCUAUGUGGAUAGUUCAGGUAAUAUUCUGGUGGCAGAUGAGUAUGAUUCAAGCGUGGAAAUGUUCACAGACAGCGGGGAGCAUGUCCGCCGCGUUGAGCCCGGUGUGAUGUUCACGGGUAUGGCUCUAGCACCAGGUGGCCAGCUGGUUCUGGUGAAUCAAAUGUAUAGUAACGUCACCAUACUGUCACGAUAUUGAUCCUGAAAAAUCUUAACCUUAGUGAAAAAAAGUGCAGUCAACUACAAAUAACUGUAAUUCUCCUUUGUAAGUAUAAUUUUGUAAAUUUAGACACUUCCUUGUUGUAUCAUCUUGUGGUCUGUUCAAGAUGGCAUAGAAAAUUUGAUAAAGUCUUCAAGUAGACGUUGGGGUGAAAGAUUGAAAUAUUUUCUGCGUGACGGCCAGGCUUCCCUUGCAGCCUCUUGAUCCCUCAUAAGCAGGUGAAACGUUGAGUAGAAUACCAAAGGCCGGCUGUUAAGAGAAAGCGGAUGAUGUCCAUAUAUAUCUUCAAUAUACCUAUUUGGUACAGAAUGUGAUGCAUAUUUGAAUGUAGGUGGCGCAUCUAAAGGAUGGACAUGGUGGUGCCUGCGCUACUUGCGCGGUCCCUAAAAAUUCGUCUUUCAUAUGUCAACUUGUGCCUUAAAGGUUAUCAUAAGUCUGUAAAUGUCUUUCAACAUACUUCCCAGAGUUGUUACUGAAUUGAAGCCUAAUGUCUUGAAUAUUUUGACAUUUAACAGGUUGGAAGUAUAUACCCUAUCAUAACCUAAUCUGCAGUACCGCUCCUGGUCGCCUCCAGAGAAAUGGCUAAAACGACCGUCAAAUUGCAAAAUUUUCGUCUUUUCGGGAAUGGGGAUAUCGCGAAAGGCUCUCAAAGGGGUUUCAAAUUUCAAGGCUUAUUUGACUUUAUUUUCGAUAAUGCAACUAUUCAAACUUAAGAAUGACAAUAUCUGAGAGACAUUUCACGAACAAUACCGUGAGGGCAUUAAGUAAUAAGAAAUGAAUAAA